CCAAAAAGAAAUUUAAGCGUUUUUGGAUAUAACAGAGGAAAACUCUUCGUGAGCAUCAAGAAAGACUUUACCAGUUUUGUUGUUAAUUCGUUAAUCAUCUUCGUCUUCCUUUACUCCGUUUACACAUUAGCACCCAAUGAAACUGUCUCGCAAAGAAGAAAAAGAAUUAUCACAGAGAGAUUGAUGAAAGAGUAUGAUAUUUCUGCGAGUGAUCUUGAAAUGAUUGAGCAACUGGACGAAGUAGCAGAAGAGUAA